UCUCUGCCCUUUGUUUUUUUUGUUUCAUUUUACCUUUGUUUUUUUUUUAAAGUGGUACCAUUGCCCUGUGACACAAUACUGGUUUCAGGUGUGGGAGGAGGUGACUGGGUGACUGGAUGUCUGUGAACCCUGGGACACGAUCGAUCGGCAUGAUGUCUCCUGAGCACCGGUUAGCUUGCACUGUCACAGAUUUUCUUUUCUUGUGAUGGAAACUGUUAGGAUCCACUCUCUCUGUGAUUCACAAAUGAACCUGGCUUUGUUAAGGACCAACGGCCAGGCCGCCCAUCCCACCCCCACGGCCCCUCAGGCGAUACCUCCACGAGGGAGGGAAAUGGCGCACCUUGUCAGGGACUUUUUUAAGUUUUAAACCGUGUCCCUGAUGCAGUGGUCCAUCCAAGGCGGAAGCCCCUGGGCCAGCUGGGCCAGCGCCAGCCCCUCCCCCACAUUCCUCCUCCCACUGCCGUCUUUAAAGGCCCCUGGGGCCCACAGGCCACCAUCUGCCUUCUGCCUGCCACCUGCCACCAUGCGCUGUCUUGUGAGCCUAGCUCUGGCCCUGCUGGCCCUGGAGGCCGCCCUGGCCCUGGCCCCAGCCCCAGCCCUCACCUUGCCAGCGCAGGCUGUGUGCCCAGAGCUCAGCUCCUCCGAGGAGGACGCCUGUGUGGUCUCCUGCAACUCAGACGAGAACUGCCCCCAAGGCACCAAAUGCUGCACCAGGAGCCCCUGCAGCCGCUCCUGCGUGGUCCCCCUCAUCGCGCCUGUGCAGAAGGCCGGCCGCUGCCCCUGGGUGCAGGCCCCACUGACGCCCGCGCCCUGCUUGGAGAGCAGUGAGUGCUCCCGGGAUGACCAGUGUGCCGGCAACAGGAAGUGCUGCCUGAGCGCCUGUGCCAUGAGGUGUCUGGAGCCCGAGGCAGGUAAGCGCCCCAAGCCCUCCCGGGACGGCGCCCUGGCCACGGCCACGGCCACAGCCACGGUGGCAGCAAAAGGCCUGGGCCGAGACUGGUGUCAGGCGAGCAAAGGGAGCGGAAACUCAGAGACUCCUCUGAGCGGGACAGCAAGACGUGGUGCAGCCCAGUCUAAGGAGGGCCUGUGACCUUGCCACGUAACCUUGGGAGGCAGCUGGGCUCCCAAAUGCGGGAGGAGGUCUGGGGCCGAAGCCGGGAAACGUGGAUCCUGGCCCGCUGUGCCCACGCCCGCCUGUGGGCCAUGGGGAAGGCCGGGGCGGGAAGGCUGUGGAGCG